AUGCUAAAGUAUACUACGAAUCUAUACAGUAGACCAUCCUGGAAUCAACGCACCAAAUACCAAGAGGUUGUGAAACGUUUCUUUGCACCAAGUUCUCCUGCAAAUAAGACUGAAGGCUUAUUGGGAUCGUCUGUGGUGGUGACCAGUGUCUUUCCAGAUGAUACCGCAUCGGCCGCUGGUGUCCGAACCCGAUUUCUGCUGGAGCGGUUGGGUCAACAUGCACGAACGACACACGGAUCGUUCACUUUUACAAAUCAGCAAAAAAAUGCAGCGGAUCGUGGCGGGUCGGUCAUUCUGACUACUACCGACAAAGAAUGGAAUCAAUUGUCGUCAUCAACUUCAACAACCGGACAACAGAGAGUGCCAAUGGAACAAGAAUAUCAGCAGUGGAUCCCCAAUCUAAUGGUGGAACAUUUGCCGAUGAAUCGGAGCCAUGCAGUUGAGAACUUUCUGCUUAAGCAUAAUACGGAUAAGGGGAUAGAACGCAUCAUCUUUGACCGAUUUUAUGUGGAAGAAGCCUUUUCUCAUGCCUUUUGGGAAGGCACUUCAUCAGCCUUGGAUAACCAUAAGAAGCCUGCCAUGGUUUUGGAUAUGCAAGACAUGCAUUCUUUGCGACAUGGACGUCAAGAAGUAGUCCAAAAACUGGAUCGGGCUUUUGGUAAAGAACGAGGACGAGAAUACGAUCCAUUGAAACAUGUGAUUCCAGAAGUCAUGGCCUAUGCGCCGAAGGUGAAUGGACCAGGAAAAGACAGCGACCGACUUCUACGAGAGCUGGCUAGCAUUCAUCGUUGCGAUAUGACAUUGGUUUGUUCACCAUAUGAAAUGGAUCUGUUGCAGCGGGAGUACGGGAUUCCGAGGGACAAGCUCUGUCUGGCAUCCUUCUUUGUUGAUCAUCCAUCCAGCAUUGUUGGCACUAGCACUGUCGUAGACAAUGGAGAAGCCCCAAAAGAACAUGAAGAAACCAAGUUUGUCUUUUGUGGUGGCUUUCGACAUGAUCCAAAUGUAGACGCAGUUCAGGUGCUGCUGAAACAUGUGUGGCCAAAGCUUUUGUCUAUGAGUGGCCGCAACAUUCUGCUGGCUCCCUUACGAUUUGGAGCGGGCAUCAAGGGAAAGAUUCUAGAUGCUUGGAUGAAUGGUAUGCCUGCAAUUACAACUCCGAUUGGAAGCGAGGGAAUAGUUCAGAACAAGGAUGACUUUGGUGGUGCUGUCUGUUCCACAGUCCAUGACUUUUGUGAGAGUGCAAUAGCACUCAUGACGAAUUCGGACGGAUGCUAUUCCAAGGCACAGACACGAGGAUUCCAUCUACUCCGAAAGGAAUUUGAUAAAGAGCGUAACUGGGACUUGUUACAUCAACAGCUACAGUCAUUGCAAAGUGACUUGACUAAAAGGCGACAGAGGGACCCUGUACAGGCGUUGCUGUGGCACCAGUCGCUUCGAAGCACCAAGUACUUCUCCAAGUGGAUCGAAGAGAAAGAAACAAAGUAA